UGAAAGAGAGAAUGGAAUCAGUAGAAGGGGAGACCUUGCUCAGAGGCCAAGCACAAGUAUGGCAACUCAUGUUUGGGUUUGCAGACUCUAUGUCGCUCAAGUCUGCUGUAGAGCUUCGAAUACCUGACAUAAUACACUCACAUGCUGCUCCAAUCUCCUUGUCCAAAAUUGCUUCAGGUAUUGAUUCAUGCCAUGUUGAUCUUGCAUACCUAGAGCGUAUAAUGAGAUAUCUAGUCAGGAAACAAGUUUUCAGUGCAAAUCAACAAACAAAUGAUGGAGAGACACUCUAUGGAAUGACCCACAUAUCAAAAUGGUUGUUAAGUAACUCAGAACUAAGUCUCAGUCCACUAGUAACCACAGUGAAUCAUCCAUUGCACCUAGCAUCAUGGCAUUACCUUGGAGAAUGCAUAAAACAAACUGGAUCAAUCCCUUUCAAGAAGGCUCAUGGAAGUGAGUUGUGGGAAUUUGCUUCUAAAAACCCAGAAUUCAACAAGUCUUUCAACGAUGCCAUGGCAUGUACAGCCAAGAUUACUACAAAGGCACUACUUUCACACUACAAAGAUGGAUUUAGUGAUGUAAAGAGUUUGGUCGAUGUGGGAGGAGGGACUGGAGGGUUCCUAGUUGAGAUUUUGAGGGGUUUUCCUCACAUCAAUGGCUUUAAUUUGGAUUUGCCUCACGUUAUUGCAAUGGCACCACAACAUGCAGGGAUUUCACAUGUUGGAGGUGACAUGUUUGAGGCCAUACCCAAAGCUGAUGCAAUCUUGAUGAAGAGGGUAUUGCAUGAUUGGGGAGAUGAAGAUUGUGUGAAGAUACUGAAAAAUUGUCGAAAAGCGUUACCGGAGAAAAUGGGGAAGCUUAUUGUGGUGGAAGCUGUUUUACAACUAGAUAGUAUUAAUAGUAAUGGAAGUAUGGGUUUUGCAUUUGAUAUGGCUAUGUUUGCGUAUACCACUGGCGGAAAGGAGAGGACUGAGCUUGAAUGGAAGAAGUUAUUAGAGGAAGGAGGUUUCACUUGCUACAAAAUCAUCAAAAUUCCAGAUAUGCUAUCAAUCAUUGAGGCCUAUACAGAGUGACAUAUGAUUCUUGUUAUGAUGUUGUUCUCAUUAUGGCUGCUUCUGCAUUAUGUAUUUUUUUUUAAUCCGAUCAAACUCAAGCAACAUAAAUUAUGUUGGAUGAUUUCAAAUUUGGUGAAUGAUCAUGGUUUUUUCAAGUUUUCUUAGAACCAAAAUGGAACAUAUGAAAUCCAUGUAAACUCCUGUUAAUUAAUGCUGAUGAAU